UAUGCGAUAUGUAUCGAGUUUCUGAUCGAUUUUAGUGUCUAUAUAACAAUGUUGUUGGAGUAGGCAUUGAUCCCAGACUGCGGGAGGAUCCAGACCGUGCCGGAGGUUUACCGAUACUUUGUACAACCUUUCACGGAUAAAGAAAACACGUUUUUUUUCGAAAACCUUUUUUCGAUGUAAAAAAAAUGCUGGAUUAUUUUGUAACUAAAUUAAAAUCUUAAAAAGUUGUGCUCCUCUGAGAGUCCUGGGACAUGUGUGAGGUUUUAAAGACGAGGACCAGAUAUACAUAAACAACGAAAUCUUGUAAAAACAGAAAUACAGAUCAUGGCAAAACUAUUCCGAGUCGUAAAACUCCAGGACAGGUUCAAUACAGAGGUAUUUACAUUCCAACUUCCGGCCAAGCUUAUGAAGGACAGCGCCCAGACCUCCUUCUCAAAAGAUUUCAACUACGGCUAUCAGAAAUGGACGGCAAGCUUUGUGAAGAGCGAGAAGCACCUGGGUGCCUUUCUCAGGCUCCGAACAGCCAGUCCUCACGUGGUGUGCAAUGUGGACUAUGCUUUUACUAUGGUUAACACUGAACAUUUUACCAAGAAUGAAACUUUUAUAGAGAAAGGGUCAGAGUUUACGAAGGAAAACGACACCCGGGGCCGGCAGACGUUUAUAUCGCUGGAGGACUUGGUCUCCCGGACGUUUAUACAACAAACCGGAGAGUUCCUAGUGGAGCUAGAACUCCGACACAUGACGACCGCCAUGGAGUGCUUUGUCCGGAUUCCCAAGGAUUACCAAGCUAGGUACGCCAGUAACAUUAAGCUGGAAACUCCAUAUUUCAGUUUCGGGUUAUUCGACUGGAGUAUAUCAUUAUAUCCUAACACUCCCACUCAAGAUUCGGAGGGUAACGUGGCUGUUCAGCUCCACAGACACACAAACUUCGACCAUUUGUGCCGCGUACAGUACGACAUUAAGAUUGGGGAAAACCAGGCAUUCGAAUCAGGCACCAUCGAACAGUGGCUUGACGGAGGCGGAAAUGGUGAACCCUAUAUCAUAGGGUCUACGAUACACGUUCUCUCCAGGGGGCGCUCCACGGUUCGUGUUCGCGUGAACAUGUACUCUGUAGUCUCCAUUGGUGAGGCGGUACUUCCGGUAUUGAACAAGAACAGGAACCGCGUUCACCUCUACGAUAAAGACAAACAGGCUUGGAUGCUCGAAUCGGACAUUUCCGGAAAAUAUCUGGCAUUCAAACUUUAUUAUACAGACGUGUCUCAUGUUCCCAGGAAGUGUACCCGACUGGUCAGCUUUGACCUGGCAGUGUUGUCGAUCGACCUGGAACGCCCAACAAUUAAAGCAAGCAAUGGCCCUUUCAGCCGCUACUAUGUACAAGAAGACUUAGACGAAGGAUUCAAAAUGCACACUAAUAUUCCGGUGAGAGAGCUUCAGAACCCCCGGUGCGAGUUUCUUUCUGCAGACGACCAGAAAGUGACGGUGCAUAUCCAUUGGAUAGACUCUCAUCUCUUAACCACGCCCACCUACCACAGUCUUGAUGACGUCAGCAGAUUACAUAAACACCAGAUGAUGCGCGAGAUACUUGCCCUCCAGUCUGAGAACUACGCCCUGGAGAAACAGCUAUACAGCUACCAGAAGUCGAUAGCCCGGACCCACUCCCGGGGUCAGUCCGAGUCCGAGGACUACCCCCCGGACCGGAACCACUAUCACCGCUGAAAUUUCCGGAACACUACAACCAGUAGAAAAUCUUUCCAAUACUCAAUAGUUCAGCACCAGAUGGAUUCCCCGGUGUCUGUGCAAGCAUCGUCUGCACGGCGUGGAAGACAAUCAAAUGGAAACUGAUAGAAAGACAAUCCACUGAAUUUAAAUAAUUUUAAGCCUUCUAUUUCCUGCGCUACAACGCCAACACUUUUUGUGCCUAAUUGAUUUUGCUUGAUAGUCUUUGAUGAUUUUUAAUUUUUUUUUAAUGAAUAAUAAGCAUAUUAAUAGCAAAGACAAUAAAGACAAUUUGCACAAAUUGCACUUUCAUCAUAACGAAUUCGAAAGGAGGAUAUAAUCCAUAUCAAUAAACUGAACGAUUCCUGUU